AAGUGUCAAAACUAACUUUCUUGUCUCUCUCUCUCGCUGUAACCCACAGAAAGAGAUCUUUCCUAGUAGAAAAACAAGCAGAGGGUUUUAGACAUUUUCAGCUCAACCUUAAUCUGGUUUUCUAUCAAUCAGUUUUUCACUUCUUUUCUUAAUUUUUUGAUUCGCAAAGAAAAAAAAGUUUAGGAGUUUUGAGAUUUUUAUAAACAAGAUGAGAGGACUCCAAUUGAUUUUGGGGUUUUUGGCUUGUUUGUGUAUAUUUGUGAAAGCAGAGGAUCCUUACAAACUCUUUACAUGGACUGUUACUUAUGGAAACCGUGCUCCCCUUGGUGUUUCUCAACAGGUUAUUCUUAUAAAUGGACAAUUUCCUGGUCCAAGACUGGAUGUUGUCACCAACGAUAACAUGAUCAUCAAUGUCAUCAACAAGCUAGAUGAACCCUUUCUCAUAACCUGGAAUGGUAUUAAGCAAAGGAAGAAUUCAUGGCAAGAUGGAGUUUUGGGUACUAAUUGCCCAAUUCCUCCAAACUCAAACUACACAUACAAAAUGCAACCCAAAGAUCAAAUCGGGACUUACUCAUAUUUCCCAUCUACUGCAUUUCAUAAAGCUGCCGGUGGUUUCGGAGGCAUUAACAUUUAUGCGAGACCAAGAAUUCCUGUUCCAUAUGCCCUGCCUACUGCGGAUUUCACUUUACUUAUCGGUGACUGGUACCGCACCAACCAUAAGGUGCUACGAAACUGGCUGGACUCCGGUAAAGCACUUCCUUCACCACAUGGUCUUCUCUUAAAUGGUCAGACCCGUUCACUCUUCACCGGUGAUCAAGGAAAAACUUACAUGUUUAGGAUCUCAAAUGUUGGACUAUCAACCUCGAUCAAUUUCCGAAUUCAGGAUCAUAAAAUGAAGCUGGUUGAAUGUGAAGGAGCUCACACCGUGCAGAGUUAUUAUGAAUCCCUUGACAUACAUUUGGGUCAAUCUUUUUCCGUUCUAGUAACCUUCGACCAACCAGCCAAAGACUACUACAUUGUGGCUUCCACACGAUUCACGCGAGUCAAUUUAACCACAACCUCAGUGUUGCGUUAUACUAAUUCUCAAACUGAUGCUUCUGGGCCAUUGCCAGUGGCUCCUACCUUACUAACACACUGGUCCAUGAAACAAGCCAGAACCUUCAGACGGAACUUAACAGCAAAUGCAGCGAGACCAAAUCCUCAAGGGUCGUAUCACUACGGACAGAUAACAACAUCAAGAAGAAUCAUCUUAAGCAAUUCAGCUCCCGUGAUAAAUGGGAAGCAGCGCUAUGCUGUUAACGGGCUUUCCUAUGUUAACUCGGAAACCCCUUUGAAGCUUGCUGAUUAUUUCAAUAUGUCUGGAGUUUUCACAACAGAUGCCAUCGAAAGGGAAAACAAUAGUCCUACCUUAGCUACUUCUGUCUUGAAGGGUUCCCUCCAUGAGUUUGUUGAAAUCGUUUUCCAAAACAGCGAAAAUGAGAUUCAAUCCUGGCAUGUCGAUGGACAAGAUUUCUGGGUUGUCGGUUUCGGUACUAUGCCAUGGCAUGGGGGGAAACCAAAAACCUAUAAUCUAGUCGAUGCUGUCACUAGACACACUGUUCAGAUAUACCCAAAUUCAUGGACUGCUUUAUUGAUGUCAGUGGAGAACCAAGGUAUGUGGAACAUAAGGUCUGCAAACUGGGCUAGGCAGUAUUUAGGUCAGCAGUUCUAUUUCCGAGUCUGGACAGAGAUUCAAAGCUUCAAAAACGAAUAUGACAUUCCUCCAAAUGCUCUGCUCUGUGGUAAGGCCGCUGGACGACGAGUAAGACGCCGUCAAGCAUAAUUAGGUCAGAUAAUUAUUUCAUGUAUGUAUUCUUUUGUAUUUCCAGUCACGAGGGUGUGACCCAAGGAAAAAUGUAGCUCAAGAUAGAGGGAACGGUAUUAAGCUAGAGAGUAUUCUCAAUUCGAGAAAAUGUAUUUUUUUUCCGUAAAUUCAAAAAAUGUAGAAAUGAAAAGCUUCAAUUCCCAUAAUUGUUGAACUUGGCCAGUGUGGAAUCCUUUGUGCUCCUUUAUGGU